GAAUUCAUUAUAGAAGUAGAACCAAAAGUUUUCGCCACAACAGCCAUGGACGAAGCACAAGAACACAACAACAACAACAAUAAUUGGAGCGAAUCGGUGGAGGAUCUGGCGGCGGCCGGAGACGCAGACGCCGCAAUCUCUCUCUUGGAAUCCGUGAUUUCCGACCUCAAUCCAUCGGAUUCUCAACUGCCUUCUGCUCUGACCGACUUGGCCAAUCUCUACUCCUCCAAAGGCUUCUCUCUCAAAGCCGAUCAACUUCACUCUCGCGCUUUCCUCCUCCAGCAACGCCGUUCCUCUUCUGGUGUUCUGGACGAGGAUUUGAAGGAGGAGAAGAAGAAGCAGGGCUUGUCUCCCAACAAUUCUCUGCCUUGCGAUGAAUCUUCAAAGGAUGGGAAUGUUGAAAAAUCGACGAAAUUACAGAAUGAUGCUUCGCCUCAGAAUGAGACUUUAGAUGAUGAUUGGGAAGCUAUUGCAGAUCGCACGCCUGAUGAAUUACUUUCCUCACAAUGUUUGCCUGGAGUAUCAGAACUUUCUUUGCAAGAUUCCAAAACUAAUGCCCCUAAGCAGCGUGGAAGGGGAACAUUUUCAUAUAAAAAACAUGAAUUGUACAGUGACCAUUUGUCUAAGAAGACAGUUAGUGAUUAUACCGAGGAUGAAGAUGUUGGUCAUGAUUUAGAGAGUAAUACAGAUGUAAGAAAAUCAAUAUAUGGUACACGUCAUGUUCUUAUUUUGGCUGAUUUCCCCCCAAGCACAAGAACAAUAGAUCUGGAGAAGCUUUUUGACGAUUUUAGAGAUCGUGGAGUUGUUAUUCGAUGGAUCAAUGAUACCACUGCACUCGCAGUAUUCCGAACCCCGCCAAUUGCACUCGAGGCCAGCAACCGUGUCAGUUGUCCGUUCACAGUACGAAUACUUGAUGAGGCCGAUGACCUUAUAAGCUCAAUCCAAGCAAAAGAUCUCGAACCUCCUCGACAGAGGCCAAAGACAUCAGCAACAACUGCCCAGAGGCUGAUUGCACAGGGAAUGGGUUUGAAAUUAACUUCGGCAUCGUUUGGCUCGAGAGAAUUGAGAAAACAGGAAGGUGAUAGAAGGAACCGCAUUGUCACGAGGCAAAAACUAAAAGAGGAUGCUUGGGGUGGCGAUGAUUAAGCUUUCAAACUGACAGUUUAUUAAUCUUGUAUACUAGGGCUUAUUUAUGUUGAAACUUUCCCUCACAACAUGUGCAAUUUUGGAGUGUGAAAUAUUUUUCGUACGGUGGAUCUUUUAAUCUAAUUUUAACGCUUAUG